CAAGUUUAUGCAGGAAAUGGUGUCAAAGAAACCUACAGAGCUAAGAUUUGACUUAACAGCUGGGGAUGGAACACAAGUUUAUGUAACUUUCCAGAACUUUCAUCUUGAUGCUGGUCCAGAGUACACAAUCCAUCUUGAUUUUGGACAGGGAACAGCAGGUGAUCAUUUAUCACACGGUAUGAUAGCUCACAAUGGUAUGAACUUUACAACAAAAGAUGUCGAUCGCGAUCCAUAUCUUCCUGAAAAUUGUGCACAUAAUCAACAUGGAGCGUGGUGGUAUAAUCAGUGUGGCGGUAUCAACUUGAAUGGAGAAUAUGCAACCCCAGGUUUUAAACAUCCAGGCGGUUAUUGGUUGGGCAUUUUCUAUCAACCAUAUAGUUUAAAUUCACUUAAAGCAACUAAAUUGAUGUUUCGCGCAAUGUAGAUAUAAAUGAACAUUACUUACUUCUUCAAACUGUACACAUUGUACAUGUUAUUCUCCAUUUAUAGAAUUUGACAUUUUUUUAUUUACUUUAGUGAAUUAUGUAGUACAAUAAGAAGUGUUGAAGGUUAGACUAUGAAAAGUGUAUAAUUCGCUUGGUUAGACCUUAA